GGCUUAACAGCACGCUCAGUGCAUCGCAGAAAUUUUUGACGUUAUUUUCAUCGACAAAUUUACACCUAUUUGAGACUUUGGUCGAACAAAGUAUCCGAAUUGCGGGUGCCUGACACUUUCACGUAGUCCUCGUCUUUCCCAUGAGGUGUUUAGUAGGGCAAAACUCGUUUUCAGUGUGUUAAGUGUCUCGUCUUUCUUUGUUGUUCGAGUUUCUCGCGUAUUUAUCGAGCACUCUUCUUUUAGUGAAUCAACAUGCCAAAAAAUAAGGGAAAGGGAGGUAAAAAUAGAAGGAGGGGUAAGAACGAAAACGAAACAGAGAAGAGAGAGUUGGUUUUCAAAGAGGAUGGUCAAGAAUACGCACAAGUCACAAAAAUGCUUGGCAAUGGGAGGUUAGAAGCAAUGUGCUUCGAUGGUGUAAAACGAUUGUGUCACAUUCGUGGAAAAUUGCGGAAAAAAGUGUGGAUAAAUCAAGGUGAUAUUAUACUAAUUGGUCUGAGAGACUAUCAAGACGCGAAAGCAGACGUCAUAUUAAAGUACACUUCAGAUGAAGCUCGUAACUUGAAAACCUAUGGUGAAUUCCCUGAAACUGUGCGUAUCAACGAUACUGUCACCUUUGUGGAGGAUGGUUUCGAUGAAGAUAUUGAAUUUGGUGAUGAAAUUAGUGAUGAUGAUGAAGAUGAUGUUGACAACAUCUGAUGACCUUCAAUAUAAAUAUAUACUUAAAAGUUAUGGUACAAGAGUGCAUGAAAAUACCUAUUUGUUUUACAAAAUGCUAUAAUUUCUUGCGCAAUUACGAUACUAAAAAUUUUUUGGAACAAGUAGUCAAUUUCCUGUAUCAAUAAAUAAAUUUUCACUUGUCUCCGUGUAACAUUGUGUUGCAAUAUAAAAUUGUUACAUCCUGGAUUUUCAGGAUAUGCAAAUGUCAAUGAACAUUUGAUAUUCUCUGUGCAGCCUAUCUUUUACUUUCGUACGACUUUAAUUAGAAAUAAUGUCCCAUCGCGAAUGGGUACAAAAGGAAAAUAUUGUUCAUUUUUAAAUUACUUUAGAAUCACUGUUCAGAGUAAUUUAACAUUAGAGUAAGCUUUUAAUAUUGCUGUUUGGCUAAUAGUUUGGCUAUUACGGAUACAAAUAGUUAUGUAUUUAUGUAUGAUAUCAGUACAUUGUUCUUGUAGCAAAUUUCUUUUGUACAUUCUUUCUUUAACAAUCAAAUUAAGUAGCAUAUUUGCACUGUCAUUGCAAUUUCGAACAGGGGAAAUAGUAAGCACACGUUACCGCAAUUAUCUUCUGUAUGAAAGCGUUUCAUUGACUCAUUUGUUAUAUGUAUAAACAUGUACAACUUUCCAGAAACUUGUUUAUGCGAUUGUAUUCAAUUUAAUGUAAUAUUCUACAAUGAGAGUUAUUAAUUGUGAAUAUAACAGAAGCAAUAUAUAACUAUCAAUAUUAAUACACUAAAAUUUUAUUUAAAAGCGUUUGUUAAACAAACAAAAUCGUCAUUAUCGUCGUAACAUCCGAGAACUACAUAUUUAUUUCAAAAAGAGAAAAGAAAAGCAAAUUACUUUAAAUGCGAGAGACUUGUAAACAUGUACUGUUGUUUCUCUUUUCUGUACUUUAUAUUGAAAAAUUGUCAGAACGUUAACUGCUAUAUGAAACAUUAAUUCCAUGAACAUGUACUAAGUGAAAUUAAUGUCAACUGUUAACAACGAAUAAAAAUAUAUAAAAUACCAA